CUUAGUGUUGUCGUCGACGUACGCCUUCCAAUCGAGCGGCCUCCCGUCUCCGACUCAAACUUCUGAUUUUUCUUUAUUUGUUCGUGUAUUUGAUUGCCAUAUUGGUCACUUCGUGCCCUAUGAUCGACGUCUAAAUUUUCAGCAGACGACAACAUAUGUGUCUCGGUUUUAAUCGGCACAGCAUUGACACAGGCGGGUACGCGUUUAUAAGUGGAGGCGGGUGUUAUGGAUAUGAAGAAACGAAAUAAGAUGCCCAACUAUCCGUUUUGGCUCGGAGGCGUCGCGGCAUCCAUGGCCGCAUGUUUUACGCAUCCCCUUGACCUGGCCAAAGUGCGCAUGCAGAGUCUUGGUCCUACUGUACCAAGUCCAUCUAUGCUCAAAAUUCUGCGCCACUCGAUAUCCAACUAUGGACUUAGUAGUGUUUAUACCGGUCUCUCUGCCUCGCUCAUGCGCCAGAUGACCUACUCGCUCGUACGUCUAGGCAGCUAUGAGGAGAUGAAACGCCUCAUGUCUGAGGAUGGUCGUUCUCCAUCCGCUGCGAAGCUUCUCCUGGCGGCUGGCGUGGCUGGCGGUUUGGGAGGAAUCGCAGGAAAUCCAGCAGAUAUUCUACUGGUUCGGAUGACCAGUGACUCCAUUCGUCCCCCAGAGAAGCGCUAUAAUUACCGCAAUGCUAUUACUGGACUCGUCUCCUUAGUGAAAGAAGAUGGCCAGAAAGGUCUUUUUCGUGGCCUCGGGACAAAUACAACCCGAGCAGUCUUGAUGAAUACAUCACAGGUUGGAUCCUAUGACUUCUUCAAAACCACUCUCUUGCAAUACCCUAUACCCGUGGUCAACUAUCAAUUCCAUGACGGUUUCUUCUUGCACGUAGUUGCAAGUCUUGCAGCCGGAACAUGUGGCACGACCGUAUGCUCUCCUGCUGAUGUCAUAAGGACAAGGAUCAUGGGCUCUUCUGGAAAUGCUAGUCCAAUAGAUGUCCUAGUCCGUUCCUUGCGCGAGGAAGGUCCCGCGUUCAUGUUCAAAGGCUGGACGCCCGCUUGGAUGCGUCUUGGCCCUAACACCGUCCUGAUGUUCGUCUUUUUCGAGCAACUGAAACGCGGCUGGUCCUCCUUGGUCCCCUCGUAAUCUAUAUCCAAUUUCGCUGCGCAUCGUCAAGCACAUGAUACCUCAUAUCUACAAGUUGUCGGAUUGACGCUUGGACAUCUGCCAUUAAGACGUUAGAUGACAUAUCCUAGACAUGUAGCCUUGGAUUCAUCUCACUUUCGCCCUCUCUGUACACUGAUGUAGAUUUUGACUUACUUACUCGAACUUGAAUAGCUAACCUGGCAAAAUGGUAAAUACCCUACAUACUUAGGACAAACUUACUAGGACCUGCAAAUUUUCUCAACCAAAAACUACUUAUCAUAGUACUUGGUGCCGUCGCGCACGCAGCUACGAGAUCUAUGUAGCAUUAAUUCUUUGCAACGCCGUUAUUUCACGGU